GCUGCUGCCGAAACACCGAACACCUUCUACUCCCGUUUGUAAUAAACACAUUCCGGAUUAUUUUAUGGAUUUAUAAAUGCACAUUUCACGGAUUGUACUACGGCCUGGGAAGUGUUAUUCAAGGAGAGAUUGGAUUUUAGAAGUUUCCUCCAGCAGGGAACUGGAUUGAUGUCUUAAUGCAACUGUUUUGGAAAGAGACUAAGGGCAUCUUGACGAAGACUCCAAGUAUAACUUGUUACGGUGACAUCCCGUUCUCGCCGGGCACAGUAGGUGUUUCGGCUUCUUUCGGCUCCACCGGGGAGAUGUUUCAGGGGUUCCCCGGAGACCCCGACACCGGCUCCCGUGGAAGCUCAUCUCCUUCUCUUGAAUCUCAGUACCUGUCGUCCGUGGAAUCCUUCGGGAGUCCGCCCACCACCAGCGCACCGCAAGAGUGUGUAUCAGCCACUGGCGGGGUAGGGGUGGGUGGAGGGUCAACUGGCACCAGGGCAGGGGUGGACAUGCCCAGCUCAUUUGUGCCCACAGUGACGGCCAUCACCACCAGCCAGGAUCUGCAGUGGAUGGUGCAGCCCACUCUCAUCUCCUCCGUGGCACCAGGACAAAGCGGCACGGGCUCCAGCACCAUGACGCAGCCUGUUGCUUUGGAUCCUUAUGACCUGCCAGGCCCAAGCUUUUCGUCGGGUGGAGGAUUCACCUCACCAAGCUCUGAGACUCCUGGCACAGUGAGACAGUCUCGGAGCCGUCGCCGUGCACGCGAUGAAACGCUGACACCUGAGGAGGAAGAGAAAAGACGUGUUAGACGAGAGAGAAAUAAACUGGCCGCCGCUAAGUGUAGGAACCGACGGCGUGACCUCACAGACAGGUUACAGUCGGAUACAGACAUAUUGGAGGAAGAGAAGGCCGAGCUAGAGGCCGAAAUAUCCGAGCUGCAAAAGGAGAAGGAACGCCUGGAGUUCGUCCUGGUCGCCCACCAACCCGGCUGCAAAAUUCCCUAUCAGGAACAGCCCCCCGCGCCGCUGCCACUGCCGCAGACGUCCCCGCAGAUGCCUUCUGUCUCCGUGGUGGGUUUGACUGUGAAGGAGGACACUUUCUACCUGCCGCCCGCCUACUCGUCAAAACUAUAUAUAUAA